AUGGAUCUCGAAGAACUCCUCCUGGUGGAGUCCAGCUGCACUGACGACGAGAUCGUAGAUCUCCGUGCAUUGGACUACGUCUCCGGCUACGACACCCAUCUCAUGUGUCCGAUAUGCCACUGCGCCCUAAUACGCCCAGUACGCUUGCAAUGUGAUCAUGUGUUCUGCCAGAAAUGCCUGGGUUCCGCCGUUACCAGUUCCUCUGGCAGAGACGACUUUACAUGUCCGACUUGCCGCACACCGACACAAACUGUCUACACAGAUGUACCUCGACUUUUGAUCAAUAUGUGUGAUGACCUCCGGGUGAAGUGCCCAUUUUUAGGGGAGGGAUGUACGGAGAUAAUGGCCAGAGGCCACGUCGAGUCACAUGUUGACAAGUAUUGCGGCUACAAACUUCUGGAUUGUCCGAGUGAGACUUGCGACAAGAAGACUCGGAAAAAGGACCUCGACUCGGAUGGUAAAUGCGUGCAUGAGCUCCUCCAGUGCUCUCAUUGUGAGGAGGAAGUCAUGGAGCAAGAUUACGAGAGUUGUCUGCGUUUCGAAACGAUGUGUCCACACUGUCAAGUAAUGACAUUGCAGAAGGACUUAAGAGAGCAUAUCGACGCCUGCCCAGAUGCUAUUCAUUCCUGCACGGCGUCGAAAUAUGGAUGCCCUGUCAAAAUCAAACGAGCCGAUAUCGUCAUGCAUGAACAAGCAUGCCCGUUGAUCGCGAUGGGGCCAUACUUUGAAGCUCAGAACACAAGACUCGAUUCUCUCGAGUUAACGAUGCGGCAUCUACAACAACGAAACGAGAUUUUCGAGGACGGAUUCGCCAACAUCCGCUCCACUUUGGUCGACGCUUCUCGCGCUACGCCUGGGCAAACUAAUAGAGACAUUCUGGUUGAAGGCCAAACGGGAUCGUCCGACUCACAGGAGGUAUCCAGUGACGGCUCCCAGUCCAACAACCCAACAACCUAUCUCCUCUCCCUUCACGAAUCUCUCCGAGAGGAGGUCGGACAGCUAUCGCACGCAAUUACAGACCUUGACGCACGCGCCAGUAUGGCAAUCAUGAACGAAUGUCUACGAAUUAAAGAGGACAUGGCACAUACCAACGCCGCCGUCAACAGCAUGCGGAUGCAAGUGCAAUGGCUCAUGAACCCGCGUCUCCACCAGGGAGAGCGAACAUCUAGCGUACGCGCCAACGAUACGAACGAUUCCAGGACUGGACAGCUGGGAUCGUCCACUGCAUCUGCUACAUCCGCCUCGCCCAUACCCGGGCCGAGUAAUACAUCCAGGCCGGGUUUUCGACCGCGGAGACUUAGCGAUAGCGCACGGGAGGGGACUAAACUCUAG